AUGGGAGUUAGGGUGUAUGUUGAGCUUAAGAGGGAAAAAAGUGUUUUGGGGAUGUAUCCAUUGUGCGUUAGUAUUACAGAUAAUGAUAUUGAGGAGAUUGCAAUUGUUGAGUGUGUUUUUAGAGACGAUGUGCUUCAACUUGGAUAUGAUGAUAAUUUGGAGGAUAUGGAUGCCUAUACAGUCGUAUGUAUGUCGCCUGAAUGUGAAUGGAAAUUACGAGCUUCAAGUGUUGGAAAAUCUGAACUGUUCAGAGUUAGGUAUUUCCAUGACGAACAUACAUGCCCUUUGAAGGACAAUGUAUAUUCACAGAGGAAAGCAACAAGUUGGUUUAUUGGGGAAUCGGUUGUUAAGCCGAAAAUAGCUAACCACAAGAGGAAAGUUAGCCUUGGGGAUAUAAUGGACGACGUAAAAAAUGAAUUCGGCGUAGAUGUUUCUUACAUGCUGGCCUGGAGAGCUAGAGAAAAAGCUAUGAAUGAUUUGAGGGGGGAUCCUGCUGCUUCAUACAAUAAAUUGCCGGCAUAUGUCUAUAUCCUAGAUAAAACAUAUCCUGGAUCACAUGUUAAAAUGCAUAAAUCAUGUGAAAAUGAGUUCUUGUAUUUAUUUGUUGCACUCAAAGCAUUCAUAAAGGGAUUCGAGUGUUGUAGACCAAUAGUGGUAGUGGAUGGUGCACACCUUAAAAGCACGUAUAAUGGUACAUUUGUAUCCGCAAGUACUUUGGAUGGUGCAGGUAUGUCUAUUCCUUUCAAGCUAGCUUAUGGUAUUAGGGAUAACAUGUGUGUCGUGUCCGACAGACACGAAAGCAUAAUCAAAGCGGUGUAUCGGGUGUAUCCUACUGUUCCUCAUUUGUCUUGCAUAUGGCAUUUGUGGAAAAAUGUGACUAAGAAAUACAAGUCAAAUGAUGAAGUAUUGAGUCCUGUGUUUUAUCCACUUGCCAAAGCAUACACACAGGAUGAGUUCGAUAAACUGAUGGAAAAGAUUGAGAAUGUUGAUAUACGGGUAAAGGAAUAUUUGGAUGAUGCUGGAAGGGAGAAAUGGUCUCGGCUAUAUUCACCUGUUAAUAGAGGUUGGACGAUGACUUCGAAUAUAGCGGAAUGUAUUAAUGGAAAACUAGUAGCGGCAAGAGAGUUGCCUGUUUUUUAUUUCCUUGAAGAAGUUAGGAGGAUGUUUGGGAGAUGGAAUUGCACAAAUAGAAAAAAUGAAUUAUUCAAGCCAAAUACAGUGGUGAAUACGUAUGAUGUGCCGAUUGAUCCACUUCCUCACGAGAGUGAGUGGAAUGUUCCAACACACAUACUGGAGGAGGUUGUUCUUCCACCGAGAUACAAGCGACCUCCUGGUAGGCCAAAAAAGAAGUGGGAUAAGCCAUUAAUGGAGCUGAUGAUUGGUAAACGUAGGAAUGCUUGUAGUACAUGUGGACGUCUUGGUCAUAACAGGCGUUCGUGUGGUAAUGAGCCACUUAAGAAGAAGAAAUAA